UCUCUUUGCGAUUAUCAGUCUAAACCAACAUAUCUUAUUGAUUGUCGCUUAUCGGCUGUAACAUAUCUGAUUGUUUUCGCAUAUCAGUUGUAUGCCUUAGCAACGAGGCAGCACCACUAUCCGAAAUUAGGGAUUUCGGAUAAGAAAUCUUAACACCUAAUUUGGACAGAUAGUGCUGAGCCAACCUAGCUACUUCUGUGUCGGCAAUGACCACAUCAUCACCGAGUACCCCAUAACGAUCGAAAUAACGACCUGGGUACGCCUCCUGCGCGCAGUGCCAAAUCAAAAGAUGAUUUGACAAAGCGAACAAGGGCCAAGACGACAGAUAUCCGAGGGGUUUCCCUGCUGUAAAUGUCACUUGAGAGUGCUUCUUUCUCUGGUGACACGUCUCCGUUUAUUUUUUGUCUUUUUUGCGGUCAUUACACACUGUUUUCUGUCUACUGUUAGGUCGUUGCAGUUUGUGUUCAGUCUUAUAUUGAGUCAAUGCCAGAGAUUAGUUUUCUUCAUCAAGUUCUUUUGUUUGAGCCCUAUAUAUUCCAAUGAUGUUGUGGAUAGAAGUUUGCAGGCCUCAAAUUGGGCUUUAACUGUAAGUAAGUGCAAAAACAAGAGCAAGACUAAAGAGGAGGAAUGUAGGGACCAAAGGUCUAGAAUAGAAUGGGGAAACGAGCAGAAGCAUAAUUACUUAAGAAGCAUUUAUAGGUAGGGAGCAAUUUAGGCGGACCUGACCUUGAAGUCUUGAAGUCCAGUCAGCACAUCAAGAUUCGACAUUUUCUGCAUAACCUGGAAAAAUCCAUGCGAAAGGUUGAUCCAUCUUCUGAAACAUAUGCAGAAACCAAUCUGGCAGUCUUAUCUUCAGCCAUCAACUGUGCUGAUCAGCAAAAGCAAAUAGGAGUCCUCAAAUUACGUAGGUGAUUACCAAGAAGAUUGAAUCCUCUGAGAGAGAAUGGAUUCAGAGUCUAAUAAGUAAUCCCCGAUUAUAUAUAUAUUUCUCGCGGAGAACGGGGAAUAAUCCGGAAAGGAAAAUCGUUGUCCGGUUCCGGUUUCGGGGAUCUUUUUUGAUUAAUAGACUAGAGGAGGAAAGAAAGUACAAAAUGCUACUAUGACACCCGCCAAAGAUUUUCAUUUCUUACUCAUUCUGAACGAUAGUUCAAAAAAAGGUAUUAAUUCGAACACAAUCCAUGAGCGGCUUUGCAGUACCUUUGAAUGUAAAUCAGUCUUGAUAGCACAAGGAGAAGCAAAGAAAGAAGACACCUUCCAUUAUGAUUUUUUUUGUGGAGUAAAAUGAAAAUCUUUUGAUUCAUCCAAAAGCACCUUCCUAGCAAGAAAGAUCAAAACUUUGUUCGAGGACAUGGAAUGUGACAUUCAAUUCAAAAAAGGGUGGGGACCGAUCUGUAUCUACUUCUUGUCCGUACAGGAUUUUAUAGUUUAUGGUGGUUAUUCAAAAGAAGAGAUAAUAGCGGUGGCACAUGCCACACGACGCCAUAAACGCCAAAACCCACUGAAAAAUCGUAAUUUUAAUAAUAAUAAUCAAUCGUUCGGUUGUAAAAGCAGCUUCGUCCCCAAGAGCGGGAGAUGGUUGAUCAACUGGAAUUGGUUGGUUAAACGAACCGUUUUCGUAGCUCUCAUUUUUCAAGGUAUCGGAUAUCUAUUUGAAACAUUGAUUAAGCCGUACAUCCCCAUAAUCGUUCUAUUUCUAUGUAGUGUCUUUCAUUUCAUAUUUGUUUUUUUAUGGUCCAUAUUCAUUGGGGAAAUAGACGAAACGGCGCCUGGGCCACAACCGUCGCCACAACCGGCGUUAACCCCUAUUGAAAAUAGAUAUUUCGUUUUUCUUAUUUUGUUCAUUCUUUAUAUUCUAGUAGAAAGAUAAGAAUUGAAUUAUGGAAUUCUCUUCUGCGCUCCUAUACGCCCUCUGUGCAGUGACCAGAGGUCCGCCAUCUAACCGAAGCUAUUGCAUUGUUUGCCCGCCUUUCUGAUCUCAUUCGUAUUCCAAUCUUCAGUCUUCUUUCUUACAACUAUCUUUUUGAAGCAGAUAGUUCACAGUGCUUAUUCUAUAGAUACUGUAAAAGCCACCUCAUGUUUCCACUCUAUUUUCAUUACGAAGAUGUAUCACGUCAGGAUCCGUUGCUCAAACCGAAUCACGCCAACGUUAUGGAAGUUCCUGGAUUGUGUGAAAUAAGAGUAGUACCAAAGGCACCUUAUGAUUUCAUAAUCAAAAAUGGAAAAUUGGCUAUGGAGAUUCCAUGCGGUCAGAAAUUCAUACAGACACAAAGGGGUUCGACAGGAAAGUCGUUUCGAUCCAAUCCAUUCUUGGGGUCAAAUAAAGACAAAAAAGGAUAUGUCAGUGACCUAGCACGACAAAGCACUCUCCGAGGGCAUGGAAUGUCUAAUUUUUCGGUCAGAAUCUCGACAGUAAUGUCUCUCUUAGAUUCUCCGGUCGAAAUACGGGAAAACUCCAUUCAAUUCUCGAUGGAAACGGAGUUUUGCGAAUUCUCCCCAGAACUGGAAGAUCAUUUCGAGAUCCUCGAACAUAUUCGAGGGUUCAAUGUGACUAUUGUCACUUCGGCCAACACACAAGAUGAGACUUUACCACCGUGGAGCGGCUUUUUCAAAAAGAUGAGGGGAAAGAUAAGACGAAAGCUUUAUAAAGACUUUUGUAAAGAUCCUCCUAGUGAUAUGCGGACAAACAUCGUUAUAAGUUGUCCAAGUUGCCAAAAAAGAGUUCCUUUGCACGACAUCUCGAGGUCCUUUGAUGGGCAUAAAGAAAUCGUCUUGGUAGCAACCACCAAACCAAUAGAACAAGGCUUAGCUCUGCAGCUGGUCCAUAAGCAAGGUGAUUUCAAGAAUCAACCAACCGAAAAAUCCGUAGCCCAGGCGCAGCGAAGCCAAAUUCAAUCAAGGCAAGGGGGGCUUACUUUUCCUGACACUGAGUCAUCCUAUUCAAAUUUAGCUAUGCUAAUGGAACAGGAAAAGUUUUCAGAUGAUAUGGACCCCAAGAGAUGA